AUCUCGACUCAAUCGCUCGAUGGAGUCGUAGAGGAAAGCUCCUCACCAAUAGUCUCGCCAAUCUCGGCACUUGUAGCAGUGAUACUCCCACAUUCACACAAAGUGGCUGCUGCACGAAAAACCCGAGCCAAGUCAAUCCCAGAGUCCAUCAGCUCCAUAGCUGAAAAUAGUGGAGAUCUCAUCACUGAGCUAGCCAUCCGCGUCACUGCACUAGAUGGUGUGUCCGUGUCCACCACACGUGACGUAGAUGUCUCAGUCCUCCCACUAAGUUCACUAGGUGGUACAGGGGGUUUCGGCCAGGCCACCAAUCUCAUACUCGACGAGUCUCAUGAACGCGUUUAUUCUACGAAGGCUAGAGUGGAGCAGUUGGUGCUUGGACUUUAUAUAAUCCGUGGAGAUAACAUUGAAGUUGUUGGAGAGCUAGAUGAAGAGUUGGACUCGAAUCUUGAUUUAAGUUCCCUACGUGCCCAUCCUUUGAAACCUGUAGAGCAUUGA